CUCCUGGGAAGUCAUCCGGGGGAAGGGCCGCGCCCUGUCGCCCGCCCUGGGCCUGCCGGGGCGACACUCCCCUUCCGCAGCUAUAAGGGCCGCGGCGCGGCGCCGCUCCCGAGAUCUCACGCGCCGGGAGCCCGAGCAGGCAGGAAGUACCGGCCUUCACCAUGGAGCAGUUGAGCACAGCAAUCACCCAUUUUGCGUUGGACCUGUUCCGAGUUUUGAAUGAGAACAAUCCUACGGGAAACAUCUUCAUCUCCCCCUUAAACAUUUCAUCAGCCCUGGCCAUGAUCUUUCUGGGGGCCCGAGGCAACACUGCAGAACAGAUGUCCAAGACUCUUUAUUUCAAUACCGUUGAGGAUAUUAAUUCCAGAUUUCAGAGUCUGAAUGCUGAUAUCAACAAACGUGGAGCUUCCUAUGUUCUGAAACUUGCAAAUAGGUUGUAUGGAGAGAAAACCUAUAAUUUCCUUCCUGAGUUCUUGACUUCAAUUCAGAAAAUGUAUGGUGCCGAAUUAGCCAGCGUGGAUUUUCAGCAAGCCUUUGAAGAUGCAAGGAAGACUAUAAAUGAGUGGGUCAAAGGGCAGACAGAAGGGAAAAUUCCAGAACUGUUGACUCCAAAUAUGGUUGAUAGCAUGACUGUACUUGUGCUAGUGAGCGCCAUCUAUUUCAAAGGGAAGUGGCAUGAGCAGUUCAUGGAAAAGGCCACGGCCAAUGCACCAUUUCGGCUGAAUAAGAAAGACACAAAAACAGUGAAAAUGAUGUAUCAGAAGAAGAAGUUUCCAUUCCGCCACAUCCAGGACCUUAAGUGCCGUGUGCUGGAGCUGCCAUACCAAGGCAAGGAGCUCAGCAUGAUUAUCCUGCUGCCAGAUGACAUCGAGGAUGAGUCCACGGGUCUGAGGAAGAUUGAGGAACAGUUGACUUUGGAAAAUCUGCAAGAGUGGACCAAGCCUGAGAAUCUGGAUUAUACUGAAGUCAAUGUCCAUUUGCCUAGGUUCAAGCUGGAAGAAAGCUACGAUCUCAAAUUCCACCUAAACCGCCUGGGUGUACACGAUCUCUUUAAUAGUAGUGCGGCCGAUUUGUCUGGAAUGUCAGGGGCCAGAAAUCUUUUUAUAUCGAAAAUUGUCCACAAGUCCUUUGUAGAAGUGAAUGAGGAGGGUACCGAGGCGGCGGCAGCAACAGCGGGCAUGGCCACCUUCACCAUGCUAAUGCACGAAGAGAAUUUUUUUGUUGACCAUCCAUUCCUUUUCUUUAUUCGGCACAAUUCCUCAGCUAACAUCCUGUUCUUAGGCAAAUUUUCUUCCCCUUAGAGACAGUGAAAGUACAAGGUCAAGCUCUGAGGUUUAUUACCUGCACUUUUAAUGGCAACAAUUUUCAUAUAGCUUUACCAAUAUAACUGCUAUCCAGAACAAAAUCUUUAAUUUCUUUUGGAAGUUCAGCUCUGUUGGCUAUUUACAUCUCUUGACUUUGCCGUGGGUGUGAAUUUUUCUUUUUUUAUAUUGAAAAAAAUUCAGAUAAUUGCUUUUGCCUCAAGCUAAAACAAUUUUUAAAAAAGGAAUAAAUCAUAUGUGUAGAUUCUUGACUAUGUAGUAAUAUGUGAAAUUGCUAUACUGUCUAAUAGCCGUGGAAACACAAUUACUAUAUUUUACAGAUAGAAUUUUGGAAAUCAUAAUAGAAAAAUACUGAUUGUUGAAGGGGGACUUAAGAAAACAGAUAACCCAUGGAAAUAUAGGAGAUCUCCCCAAUUAGGGGCCUGGGUUUUGAAAACAGAUUUGCCUUAGCCAAUGUUUCUGACCCUUUGUUAUACAGGAUUGGUACUACAGCCCCGCACUUUUCAAACAAUUGAAGAUUCACCUGGUGAUAGCCUGCCUUCCCAUUUCUGUUCUCCUUUUUCCUACAUGAUAAUGUAGUUUGUAUGGGGUCACAUGGGUCAAGAAAUGGGUGUCUUAUCAUAAAAGAUGACAAGACAGAAAAAAUAAUGUAGUAGCAGAGACUGUUGAGCAAAGGGGUGGGUACACAGACCUCACUUUGAACUGGCUCCUCACAUGCUCUCGGAUAAAGGCCCUUGCCUUCCUUCAUCUGCCACAGGUUGUUCUGGCAAUGGGAUGGCUUUACACAAUGCUGUCCUGGGGGAUGGGGGGGUCCUCUGAUGAAUAUAAAACUUUAUCAGGUGUGUCCUUGUAACGGGGCUUGAAAUGCUGCAUUUUCUUUCUCCUACACACUUGUGGGCUGGCUAAUAAAGUUUCUUAAGAUUCUUGCAA